AUGGCGGACGAAGAUGGCGCGUCACCCCGCGAGCUGAUCCUCGAAGCCUGCCGCCGCAACAACACGGACCUCCUCGAAGAAACCAUCGCAGGCCUGGCAUCCUCUGCAACGAAAGCCGGGAAGGAGCCCGCUGCGCACGUGGCGCAGGUGCUGAACGCGGCGCGAGACGGCAUGGGGAACGGGUGUUUGCAUGUCGCGGCUACGUAUGGGAGUUACGAAAUCCUCGACAUCCUGCUCGACCAAGAAGGCCUCGAGAUCGAGCUGACAGACCGCAUGGAAUCGGACACGCCGCUGCACAAAGCCGCGCGCUAUGCCAACUCGCUCAGCCAAGCCGACUGGCCCGCCGCCAUGCCCAUAGUCGACAUCCUGCUCGACGCCGGCUGCGAUCCUAGGAUACGGAACAAGGCGAAGCUGAAGCCGAUCGAGCUGGUCGAUCCGCGCAAUACCGAGCUGCGGGAUAUGCUGCGCAAGGGCGAGUUUGCCAUGAUGAUGGGUGGGGAUGUGGUGGAGGAGGAUGAGGGCGCGGGCGGGAGUGCGAGUGACAGCGAGUAG